AUGCCUUUGCCUCCUGCAUUUCUUACUAUAUAUAUAUCUCAACUCGUUAUUUUAUUCUCUACUCAACACAGAAUAUUAUUCAAAAAAUCUCCUCUCAGAAACCUUACCUUUAAUAACAGAAUGAUCAGCACCAAGAAGAAGUCUCUCAAUUUAGCAAAUAAAUGGCAGAUUAUACCUGCUAUAAGUCGAAAACGAAUUGCGCCUCUGCGAGUCAUUCGGUGUAGAGACACUAACAGCUGCAGCACAUCCGCGGUUACUGAAAAGGGUCGGUUUGUUGUGUACUCUGCUGACCGGGAACGAUUUUCGCUUCCGUUGGCGUAUCUUAACAAUGAAGUUAUUAGAGAGCUUUUCGACAUGGCAGAAGAGGAAUUCGGACUGCCAAGCAAAGGGCCUCUUACUUUGCCAUGUGAUGCCGAGUUCAUGAGAUACAUCAUUUCGUUAAUCAAACGGCAGGUUACAAGAGAUGUACAAAGAGCAUUACUCAUUUCUGUAGCUAGACAAAUUCAUCAUGGAGAAACAAAGAGUCAAAUACUGGUUUUGUAG